UUGAAGCAGACACACACCUUCGCUGCCCCAGUGUGCUGGCCUGACCCACAGACAGCCAGGGAAGCCUUCUGCAUUGCACUUGUUAUUACAACAGAGGGAGCUCUCUUGCUCUUGCUCUCUCUCUCUCUCUCUCUCUCUGUCUCUCUGCCUCUCCCCCUCCUGUCCUGUGAUGUGUUCUGGCCAGACAGUAUGGCUCCUGGGCGUCAGUGGCAUGAUCAUAGAAACAGAGGCCAGAGAGGACAUUCCUCAUUGUUGGUGAAUCUAGAAAUGAGCUCGGCCAUGCUGCCCUGCUCUUUCUCAAACUGUUUUGAUGAUUGAAACUUGACCUGGAUUUCUUGCUGUGUGUGGAAUAACCUUCCCUGCAUGAGGCUUCGGAUCCAGAGUUGCCGGAUCCAGAGCUGCCGGAUCCCUUCUCCGCCAACACAGAUAGGGGAUUUAGGGUUUUCACUGCACUGGCGGGAAUCCAACUCCUCCACUGUCGCUGCUCGGAAGUAACAGCAGAAUACAAAAAACAGCCUCUGUUUACACAGACUCAUUGCUUUGCCUCCUUUAGCGUUACCUCCCUGUUUCUUCUCUGUCCUGGCUACUCAUUAUUUGCCUCCCCUCUCCUGUCCUCGAGGGAACUUUUAUCCCCUUAACAGCACCGAUCAGCUCAUCUCUCAACCCAUUUAUCCAUCUCAUGAUGAACUCCUCUGCCUCCAUUACAUCCCUCUUCUCCUUCACCAGCCCGGCAGUGAAGCGCCUGCUUGGCUGGAAACAAGGGGAUGAGGAAGAGAAGUGGGCGGAAAAGGCUGUGGACUCUCUAGUGAAGAAAUUAAAGAAGAAGAAAGGGGCAAUGGAGGAGUUAGAGAGAGCCCUCAGCUGUCCCGGACAGCCCAGCAAGUGUGUGACGAUUCCUCGCUCACUGGAUGGGAGGUUGCAGGUGUCCCACAGGAAAGGUUUGCCUCAUGUCAUCUAUUGCCGCGUGUGGCGCUGGCCUGACCUGCAGUCCCACCACGAGCUUAAAGCCCUGGAGUGCUGCGAGUUCGCCUUCGGCUCCAAGCAAAAGGACAUCUGUGUCAACCCUUACCACUACCGGCGUGUGGAGACUCCAGUGCUGCCGCCAGUUCUGGUCCCACGCCACAGCGAGUUCAACCCUCAACACAGUUUACUGGCAAAAUUCAGGAACGCCUCCCUGCACAACGAGCCUCUGAUGCCCCAGAACGCCACCUACCCAGACUCCUUCCCUCCACUGCCCUGCACCUCCUUCUCUUCCUCCCCUUCCUCCUCCCAUGCCCAGUCUCCCACCUCACAGAGUUAUCCAAACUCCCCCAACAGUUCUGCAGAGCCUGGCAGUCCAUAUCACAUCACAGCUGAGACCCCCCCACCUCCAUACAGCAUGAUGGAGACGAGCCCUCAAGAGGAUGUGAAGCCUAACAACUCCACAGAAACCACCAAACUCACAUUUUCUGCUCCUCACAGAGAUUUACGGCCAGUAUGUUAUGAGGAACCGGAGUACUGGUGUUCCAUAGCCUACUAUGAGCUCAACAACCGGGUGGGGGAGACUUUCCACGCCUCUUCCCGCAGCGUGUUGGUGGACGGCUUCACAGACCCAUCCAACAACAAGAACCGCUUCUGCCUCGGCCUACUAUCCAAUGUCAACCGCAACUCCACCAUCGAACACACGCGCAGGCACAUAGGCAAAGGUUUACACCUCUACUACGUGGGUGGCGAGGUCUACGCAGAGUGUUUGAGUGACAGCAGUAUCUUCGUCCAGAGCCGCAACUGUAAUUUCCAGCAUGGCUUCCACGCCACCACUGUGUGUAAGAUCCCCAGCGGCUGUAGCCUCAAGAUCUUUAACAAUCAGCUGUUUGCUCAGCUCCUCGCCCAGUCUGUUAACCACGGCUUUGAGGUCGUCUAUGAGCUCACGAAGAUGUGUACCAUCCGCAUGAGCUUUGUCAAGGGCUGGGGUGCUGAAUACCACCGUCAAGAUGUGACCAGCACCCCCUGCUGGAUCGAGGUGCACCUGCAUGGGCCCCUGCAGUGGCUGGACAAGGUUCUCACACAAAUGGGCUCCCCGCACAACCCUAUUUCCUCAGUGUCAUAACACAAACACACAUACACGCAGGUAGUCGUAGAUUCUGUAUGUCCUUCUGACAGUCCUGAUCUUAACAUCUCAUUCAAAAGAACAAAAUUAUCUGUUACCAACAACUUUGUAACUUAAUGUUCAAAAAAUUAAACAAAUGUAUGACUGAAUUUCAUUUAGCUAACUUCCUACUCUUGUAGUUAAAUGAUCGUGUAUUUUUCAUUUCAAGACUAGCAUCUGUUUCUAUUGGGACAUGUUAACUGCACUCCAAGACAAGAAAAUGUGGUAUAUAUUUGUAGGUACUCAACAGAUUAUACGUUAUAUUAUUGUAGUAUGUACUGUAUUUCU